AACUUUCUGUCGUUGUCCGCACGAUCACCCUCUUUGGUUCGCAAGGCCGCAGUCAACUCAACACUGACACACCCCAUCCACUAACCAGCCAUGUCAAUGGACGUCGACUCAGCGGGCAGCGUCCCACUCUCCGCCAUCCGUCCCACCACCGCCGCAACGAUCCUGUGCUACAACUGUGGCGCACCCAUAGAUGGCACCCAGUCCGCCGGCGCACUAUGUAGCGACUGCCUCAAGCUCACCGUCGACAUCACCCGCGGCAUCGAGAAGGAGGGUAUCCUGUUGAUGUGCCGAGAUUGCGAUCGCUGGCUUUCUCCGCCCAGUCAGUGGGUGGUCGCAGCACCGGAGUCGCGAGAACUGCUCGCAUUAUGUUUAAGAAAGCUGCGCGGACUUAGCAAAAGCCGCAUCGUCGAUGCUUCCUUCAUCUGGACUGAGCCGCAUUCGAGGAGGAUAAAGUUGAAGAUCACGGUCCAGCAAGAAGCAUUCCAGGGCACGAUACUGCAGCAAACCUUCGAUGUGGAGUUUGUGCAGCAAUUCAAGCAGUGUCCCGACUGCGCCAAAUCAUACACCCACAAUACGUGGCGAGCGGUGGUGCAGGUGCGGCAAAAGGUGCCUCACAAGCGGACCUUCUUGUAUCUCGAACAACUCAUUCUCAAGCACGGUGCGCACAAGGACACCAUUAACAUCAAAGAAGUGCAUAACGGCAUUGAUUUCUACUUCUCGCAACGAAACCAUGCGGAAAAGUUUGUCGACUUCUUAACCUCAGUGUCUCCCGUACGAACGAAGAAAAGCCAGGAGCUGAUAUCUAUGGACAUUCAUACAUCCUCCAGAUCGUACAAAUUCACCUACUCUUGCGAGCUGGUGCCAGUCUGCAAGGAUGACCUUGUGGCUCUUCCUGUUAAGCUCGCGAAACAAAUUGGUAACAUUUCACCUCUGACUCUCUGUUACCGUAUCGGCACAGCGGUCAACCUCCUUGAUCCCAAUACAUUACAGGUCUCCGACCUCAGCACACCCAUCUACUGGCGCACGCCAUUCGCGCCUUUAGCCGACGUUAAGGACCUUGUUGAGUUUGUAGUGAUGGAUAUCGAACCUAUCGGUCCGCAAAAAGGCCGAUUCCUCCUCGCCGAGGCCACCAUUGCUCGCGCGUCCGACCUAGGAGUCAACGACACGACCUACCUAGUCCGCACGCAUCUUGGCGGUGUUCUUCAUGCCGGAGACAGCGUGAUGGGUUACCAUCUCACCGGCACGCAGUUCAACAACGACAACUUUGAAGCCAUCCAAGAGUCGAAGCAGUACUCUUCUACCAUCCCAGACGUGAUACUCGUGAAGAAGCACUACACCGCUCGCCGGAAAACCAAGGCUCGCAACUGGAAGCUGAGGCGCAUGGCGAAGGAGGAGAGCGAGAUGAAGCCGCGGAAGCAGGAUGCCGAUCGCGAGGAAGUGGACUAUGAGCAGUUCUUGCAGGAUCUCGAGGCGGAUCCGGAAUUGAGGGAGGGCUUAAAGAUGUAUCGCAAUCGCGAUGCUUUGCAGCCGGAUGCUGUGGCGGAUGCGGGUGACAUGGAGACGGAUGGCGAGGAUGAUGAUGGGCUGGAGAUUCCCAUGGAGCAGCUCAUCGAUGAAAUGGAGGAUAUGGGUAUGGAGGACGAGGAGGACUGAGAGGUUGAGUGGACUUUCAGAUGAUACCCACCGCUUCAAACCAUAGAGGG